ACUGCAGCAACACCAACAACGAAGGAUCCUUCAGCAACACCAACAACGAAGGAUCCUGCAGCAACACCAACAACGAAGGAUACUGCAGCAACACCAACAACGAAGGAUCCUGCAACAACAACAACACCAAGUAGGCUCAUUAGUCAUCCAACUAACCUUCUUGUUUUUCUAUGACCAGGGGUGUCAAAUAGUAGGCCCGAUUUCAUAUGGGCUGCCAUGUUGGCUUGGUAAGAUGUCUUUCUUCUUUUUUUUUUUCUUCUUGAAUGACUAAAACCAUAUAGAAGCUGUGUAGAAAUAAUAAUGGAUGAUGAAAAAUUAUUAGCCUAACAAUCACUGAAACGAAAGCUAGACAGUCAGGGAACAUUAUUGAAAGAGGAGUAAUUGUUUUGCAGAUUUUGACGGCAAAACAAAAGCUAGAGUCUUAGAGCAUCAGAAAUUCUAAAGAUGAUUGAUAGAGGACUAUAUUUUGGACAUUUUGACAGCAAGGCAAUACAACCCAUUGUCAUUGCGUCCCUCUAGACCGCAGUGAAUGCCCUCUGGGCAAAUUUACUGAGUUGUUUUGAUGACAGAAUGACUGGAAUAGGGUAUGGAUUGGGUUAACACCAUUAUCAGACCUAGAAAAGUUAUCUGGUGACAUGAUUUUAGGGAAUUAUUUCAAUGCACAUAUACAGAAUCUAUUCACGCCCCUUGGAAACCACUCAAGGAUUUCACCAUGAGGCCAAUGGUGACUAAAACAGUUAGAGUUUAAUGGCUGUGAUAGGAGAAAACUGAGGAUGGAUCAACAACAUUGUAGUUACUCCACAAUACUAACCAAAUAAAAGAAGGAAGCCUGUACAGAAUAAAAAAAAUAUUCCAAAACAUGCAUCCUGUUUGCAGCAAAACACUAAAGUAAUACUGCAAAAAAUGUGGCAAAGCAAUUAACACUUUGUAUUUAGGACAAAAAAUUAUGUUUGAGGCAAAUCCAAUACAACACAUUACUGAGUACCACUCUCCAUAUUUUCAAGCAUAGUGGUGGCUGCAUCAUGCUAUGGGUAUGCUUGUAAUUGUUAAGGACUGGGGAGUUUUUCAGGAUAAAAAAGAAACUGAGUGGAGCUAAAACACAGGCAAAAUCCUUGAGGAAAACCUAGUUGUCUGCUUCCCACCAGACACUGGGAGAUCAAUUCAUCUUUCAGCAGGACAAUAACCCAAAACACAAUAACCUAAAACACUGUAAUUGCUUCUGCAGUGAUUAUCCAUUAUGGUCACAGCCAAUUCAAUAUUAAAAUCCAAAACGAGUGCGCCUUUGCCAAUCUUAAAUGGUGAUAUGAUAUCCCACUUUGGAAAUUGGAUCUGCUCAUUGAGUAAGACGGUAAAAAGGUAAUUCAAUUAUGUACAUAAUUUUCAGAAUUCACAUGUGGUGGCAGGUAGCUUAAAGAUUAAGAGUUUUGGGCCAGUAACCGAAAGAAAUCUGUCUGUGCCCUUGAUCAAGACACUUAACCUUAAUUGCUCCUGUAAGUCUCUCUGGAUAAGAGCGUCUGCUAAAUUACUAUAAUGUAAGAACUUUUUUUAUAAAGCAUUAAUAAACUAUGUAUAACUAGUAUACAUUCAAUGUAUUAAACUAUUAAUAAAUGAUCGUUUCGUUAUUUGUAAACAUUUAUACAUAUUUAAUAAGCAUUCAUAAGCAUUGCAUUGCAAGGAUGUAUAAAUAUUAAUUUAUAACAGCUUAUUCAUUAACGUUUUAAUAAAUUGUCAUCAAUUAAUGCAAUUAAGUAGUUACAAAACAUAUCAAUACAACUCCUAUUUCAGAGCUCAUAGUAAGGUUUCAAAUAACAUCAAGGACAACGGCAUCUGUACUAAAAGUAGUGCAAAAAAGGCCAUAUCACAGUACUUGGGUGCUGAUUGGCUGAAACAGCAUUUCAGCCGUGUGUAUAUCAGACAAUAUACCCCACCCCCUCUGGCCUUAUUGCUUAAAUAUAUAACCAGCACAGUUGUGUGUUGCGUGCAAUAUAGGCUAAUUGCAAGCUGCAGUAUUUCAAACACAUUUUUGAGUAAGUGCCACUUGUAUAUUUAAAUCAAUAACUCAUAACUCUGGCCCUCGAGUUCCACAGUCAUACUGGUUUUCCAGUUUUCCCUUCUGCUUUGAUCAAUUGAUGCCACUGAUUGGCUGGGGAGUGCACACACACAAGGGCUUUGUUUAGGAUGAAGGAGAUAUAGUAAAUGGGAGUGGUGCUGUUUUAAUCAACCAGUGAAGGAAAGUUGUUAUUAUUGUGGCUAACAUGGCAAUUUUGUACGGUGUGCUGCUGCAUGACUCUUGCUAUUUGGGUCACAUUCGAAUAGCAGUUCGUGGACAUACCCUGAGCGACAGGAGCAAACGGACCUCAAUGAAAGUUGAAGAAUGGUGUGCAACAUUUGUAUUUAUUUAUUUACCCUUAUUUUACCAGGUAAGUUGACUGAAAACAUUCUUUUUUACAGCAACGACCUGGGGAAUAGUUACAGGGGGGAGGAGAGGGGAUGAAUGAGACAAUUGGAAGCUGGGGAUGAUUAGGUGGCCGUGAUGGUAUGAGGGCUAGAUUGGGAAUUUAGCCAGGACACCAGGGUUAUCAUCUCUACUCUUACGAUGAGAGUCAGGACACCUGUUUUAACAUCCCAUCCGAAAAAAGGCAACCUACGCAGUGCAAUGACGCCUUCACUGCCCUGGGGAAUUGGGAUCUCCAGAUGGAAGAGUGCCCCCUACUGGCCUUCCAACACCACUUCCAGCAGCAUCGGUUCUCCCAUUCAGGGUCCAACCAGGACUGACACUGCUUAGCUUCAGAGGCAAGCCAGCAGUGAGUGGGAGGCAGGGUGGUAUGCUGCUGGCAAUUUCGAGAGCACUUAAAAUAACUUAAUUAGUACGUACUGCUGCAAAUGUAACCAAACUUUUAUUUUCACAAACCUUUAUUUGCAACAUGUAAAAAGACAAAGUAACAUGGUGACAGUCAAAUAUAACAUGGUGACAGCUUAUAUAUAAACCACUUAUAAAAUUAACUAUAUUAACUACACUUUUCGUUGUCCUAUUUUAACUACAACUAAAAUAGGAAAAUGAAAAAUGUAUAGAAAAGCUGAACACACCCUUGUUUUCCCAAGUAGAAAUCUGUCCCUCGUUGAAAUGCAUCAAGCCAAACCAGUUGUAUGCCCCAGAUUAUUGUUCUUUAGGGCAAUUUUGCUGUUUAGUGGACAGACAUUCUCCCCAAGACUUGCUCUGUAUCGUCUAUUCUACACAGAUUAUUUUGUAUUAAUAAAUGCAUCACAAAGUGCUAUGUGCGUUCUAAAGAACUGUGUUCCUCUUUAAUUUUAAGAUCCCUGUGACUCAAACCCAUGCAAUGGCAGUAGCAGCUGUCAGCCAGGCUAUGCAUCCCACUUCACCUGUCUCUGUAUUGCUGGCCAAACAUACUCUGAGGCAAGUGGACUAUGUGAGGAAGGUGGGUAUCUCCUCUUUGACACCACUAGUGGGUGCUACAAUACCAUGGAUGACAGAAUGAUAUAGCCCUACAUAGCUCUGAUUGAUAGGGAGGACAGCUUCAUCAUCUACAAUGAAAAGUUAGGAACUUUAGAAACUAUUCUGAUUUAAGACGAGUUUUUUUUGUCCUGGGCAUGGUUAAGUGUGGAUAAGCUGGUUCUAUGUUUGUAUUUAGCUUCCACGUGAAGCAAUCGAAUAGGUUUAGGUUCUCAUCAAUACAUUGAUAAAUGUAUAAGUGUAUGAAUACAUAAAUGAGAGCAACCUAGAUGACAGUGGGUAGAUGAGUCAAACUCAGUUAAAUAUAUAUUAUAUUAGCUAUAGCAUCUAUACAUGUAUAUUGGAUCUCAUGUACCAUCUCCUCUGUGGGCUUUUUAACACAAUGCUGCACCCCCACCAUUUUCAAUAGGUGCUUAUCAUUCGUAUUUGUCAUGUGAUACCACCAUGUGUUGAUUCUCAAUUUCAGCCAAGGUCUUCCCUGGAUCUCUGACCCUGACUAAUUUGCCCUUUGAAGAAGAAAUGAUCAACUCAACAACACAACAAUUCAACAAGAUAGCUGUCAAGAUCAUUGACUUGGUAAAUAGAUAUUAGACGUUUUACACUGUAUUUAUGUCUGUCUGUAGUUAAAAAUCACAACUUUUCUCCAACGUUGUCACAUAGUAAGGUCGUUACCAAGCUGUUUGUGACAUUUUGACAAUGUGUGAGCUAGGUAACAGCUGCAUUACACUUGUUGUUAAGUCCUUGGAAACUGUCCCAGUCAACCCAGGUCGUAGAAACUGUAGAAUUUUUCCAAGCAGGUAUUUUCACAACAGUUAGUGCAGUAAUUCUGAGGAGAAAAUAUGGGUUCUUGAUCUUCUAAGGAGCAUCCAUGUUGACCCGUUCAAUCAGUGAACAUACAUCUACUGUAGUAAUAUGAACAUUCACAUCUCAUUUACUUACUUAAUCUCACAAAUGAGAUGAAGUUAAUAAAGAAAUGCCAUCUAUUUUAAACAUUUUCUAAUUAAUAUAAUGGGAUACAAUUGAAUGUGUGUGUGGAAAUCCUUCAGUCAGUAUCAGCUACUGUAAUGGCCUUGAAAGAUGCUAAUAAAGAUGGACCCCCAUGUAAAAAUACGAUAAUGAUGACCUUAGUACAGCACCUAGUGAUUAUAUAAUGGAUCACAUUUUGGAAUGGCAGUCACAGGGACUAGGGUCCUGGUCGGGUUACCCCCCUAAUUAACUACAUUGGUGUCAGAAGUGGUUAGUACCAUUGGAAGCAUGUCCCUAGCGAGUCUGGCCCACAGUAAAGUUUUCUGAGGCAUAGCUAUUUUUGGUUAUUAGUAUGCGUGCAUCACAAAGUAAUCAGACCUAUUCUCACUAUAUUGAAAUGCUUCAGCUGCUAUUCAGCUUGAAUUCUACAUUUAAAACAUCUCCCACAGCUAUAAAAAAACUUUUUCUCCAGGAAAUGUACCGUUUCAGUCAUAUUUAUCUUACCUUAGAAGUAUUAUGUCAGUAGUGACGUCAUAUACCAUAAGCCCAUGUUUACUUUGCAGGCUGACUAGGAUCUAUUGAGUGAUGCAAUGUCCCAUAAAUGUAAUGCCCAAAUCAACUUAUACAAAACAAGUUUUGCAGCUACAUAAUCCAAAAGGAAGCUUGAGAUCUUUACUGGAAGCCUGGGAUUUUGUUUUGCUGUUAUCUUGCAACCUUUCAGUAGCCUACAUCUUAUCUUUUUACUUUUGCUGUUCGUGAUUCACAAAUGAUUAUUUUGAUUUGAAAUUAUUCGAUUCACCAUGAUCGAACCAUACCCCAUCUACUACAAUGUUUGUUGUUUGUAAAAAACAACAGUCUCCUUUAUUUAGCUGUACUAGGCUAAUCUAAUUUUAGCGUGUCAUGAUGAAGAAACGUUGAGAUGAACUGUCCAGCAGAAUAAUAUUGUGAACUAAUUUGUCUGUCCGAAAUACAGAUGUUUAUGGCUUUUAAAGGUCACGCCGGCUACAUUGAUUCCACAGUGCUGAAGCUCAGGUCAGUGUUAAUGUAGUUACUGUGGUCCCCUGUUUUUACCAUAAAAAUUUUGUAUACCAGUCACGCUAUAGGCUACACUACAAUUUUCGUGUUAUUGGUUUGAUUCUAACAAACUACUUUCAUCCUUGAAUUUCAAAGUCAACGUCUUCUUGAACAAAUUCAACCUAACUGUAAUUGUGUCAGUUCAGAUUAUUAAAACCAUCAUGAUAAUGUCUCAUUUUGACUUGGAAGAUAUCCCACGCCCAAGACAAAUAUUGACAGAUGAUUGAUGCUGUAGCUAUCACUACUUUCUUGCACACUUGUGAAGAUCAUGAGUAUGUGAUAGUUUCAUGAUGAUCCUAACUCUAAAAAUCCUGAUACUAAUUUGCCUCCUAGCAGAAUGAGUGAGGGUUCGGCUCGUACCUUCUGGUCACGUGAAUCAGCAGGUGUCAACGCGACCAUUGAGAACAAUUUUAAACUCAACUCCAUCAUCGACGAAACCAUCAUCAAUGGAAUUAUAGAAAAUGCUCUUCAAGACAGUAAAGAUGAUGUGUUCUUAAAAGCGAAAUACAAAGGUAUGUCACCUAUAGUAACACACUAUUCCCUUUAUGUAUAAUGACUGUGGUUUAACAUAAGCUAGGAGGCAAUCUAGUGAGCUUAGCUACAAUGAAUGUCAAGGCAAAGACCGAGAACUAAGUGUGCAAUCAAUCACAAUCAUGAUGUUGUCAUAUGUCAUUGGUAGUAUGAUGUAACUUUACACUCUAGAGUAGUGAUCCUCCUAAAUCCUGCUGCUGGAGAGCUGUACCCUUAUUUUGUCCCAUUAUUCAACUGAUCUUCAACCCCUGGACUAGCUGUCUUUUGGAUGUUAUGCAUUCAGGCCUCCACAGCGGGUAAUGAAGACAUGAUGGGGGGGGGGGGGGGGACCACUGCGCCACUCGCACUUGUUAUUGAAGAUGUCAAUGUGGAAUUGAUUUGAAGGAAUUCCGUCACAUCGGGCAAUUGAUUGAAUUUAUGGAAUAAACAUUGUUUGCCCCAAGCAUAAUGCUGAAUGAAAGCACACUUACUUACUGUAUGUAAUCAUCUCCCUGUGGCACUGUCUAUACAGAAGCCAAACAGUGUGAAUUGUCUCGGAAACCUUGUGAGGACACUUCAACUAUUUGUAACUCUGAGGGUGGUAGACCUCAAUGUACCUGUCGGACCGGUUACGUGAAAACGGAAUACUCUAUCAGAACAUGCAAAGGUGAGUGGCACUGGGGGGGGGGGGGGGGGGGGGUUGUUGCAAUGACUUGUCCUUUGUAAUAAAAACAUAUUGUGAUAGACUUACUUUACCGUUUCUGUCUGCAGCUUGUGAAAGUGGGAAAGCAGACCGCGAUGUGUGCAAUGAGUAAGUACUUAAAACAUUUAAUUAAUUCAAUCAUUUUCCAUCAAUUCAUUUAUUCAGUCAUCUAUUUUCACAUAAACAAUGAGUCUUUCAACUAGGAGUCUAACUCCUGAGUGGCGCAGUGGUCUAAGGCACUGCAUCGCAGUGCUAGCUGUGCCACUAGAGAUCCUGGUUCGAAUCCAGGCUCUGUCGCAGCCGUCCGCGACCCAAUUGGCCCAGUGUCGUCCAGGGUAGGGGAGGGAAUGGCCAGCAGGGAUGUAGCUCAGUUGAUAGAGCAUGGCGUUUGCAAUGCCAGGGUUGUGGGUUCGAUUCCCACGGGGGGCCAGUAUAAAAAAAUAUGUAUUCACUAACUGUAAGUCGCUCUGGAUAAGAGCGUCUGCUAAAUGACUAAAAUGUAAAUGAGUUUGGAUGCAGUGCAAUGGUUAACUUGCGUUGUUGGUCUGUGUGCAAAGAUCAAGUUUUUUUUUUCUUUCAGUUGUUCAUUUGGUUAUUCGGGAUUCAACUGCAGUGAAUGUAAGUAUAACAUACCAUAUUAUGGUAUGAUAGUUCCUUACUUGGAUUUCCUUGGAUUUGACACUAGGCCGUCGCAAUAGAUUUGUGUGCUACAACUAUUAUUCUUUCAUGUGGUGUUUCCUGUAAUGGUGUUUGCAGGUUUUUUAACAUCCCUUCUCUUUCUCUCUCUCCCUCUCUCUCUCCCUCUGUCUCUCUGCAGCAUGGAAGUUGAUACUGGUGAUUGUCGGCACUGUUCUUGGUGCACUGCUACUCGUCACACUAAUCCUGCUGCCAGUAGUUGCACGCAAGUGAGUCACAAACACAGAGGACAACAUUUACACCAUCUUUUAAUCAAAUAAAAUUCAUCUUUAAUCUUGUUACAAUUCCACAAUUGUCUCUAAUGUAGUAUAAAAUGUAGUUAUUAAAUCUUACGUGUAUUGUCAAUUUCUAUAGGACACCCAAGAAGAGCUCCUCCAAGAAGUCCUCUAAGAACGCUGAGGUUCCUACCUACACCAGCCCCUAUCCCGCCAAGGACUUCAGGGCAUCGGCCUUAACCAAUGGGGGGGUGACCAAUGCCAGUUCAGGUUUUGCGGGCGUACCCAAGAUCCCCCGGGCCAUGCCCAACAAUAACAGCAGCUGGGACCGUGGCAGCAACCUGGAGAUGACGGAGAGCGGCAGCAGACAGGCACUGGUGACCAGGGGAGACAAAGGAGGGGUAAGAACCUAGGGAGGGAGAGAGGAAGAAUGAGUGAGAAAGGAGGGGGGAAAAGACACAUGAGUUCAUCUGGCCAGAUAACUACCAAAGUAUGACUUUAUAUGUCUUAUAAUCUCGGACAACCAGAACUAAAAUCUUGCGUAAUUGCACCAGAUGCUCAAUUAAGUUUGGGGUGAAACGUGUUCGAAAAUGGACUAAUGAGACUAGUUGGUGUGUAUGUGGUGGGGUGUGUAACCAUACAAAUAUUAUGAUGAGUGUAACCGUUAUAUGCCCAACUACAAAAAUGCCACCUUUUGGUAACGUCUAUCAUGUCUUGAAGAAGUACUAUCAUGCCCUUAUACUGCCACUUACUAUAAGAUAAGUGACAAUAUUAUUUAAUGUAAAAAGGAAUCAUUUUAUUUGAUCAACAGAGGAUUUUCUUACCAAUAAUUUGAGGAAACGUUUAAAAUGUGUUAUGUAUUCUAUGAAUCCAUUAAAUAUAUUAUAUUAAAGAAGAAACAAUAUGAACAAAAAGUAUAUUCAGAGUAAAGUAUCUUAAGAUGUGAAGUACAUAUAAAUUACCGAAUAGUACAAAGAACUGGGCCAAUUUAACCCCCCAAAAACAAUUUAUUGAAGAACAUUUCAAGCACUUGCGUUCAACUUCAUUCAUUAAAGAAUACAAAAGUGUAUUUUUAUGAAAUGUAUUGGUUGUAAUAUGUCUUCUCAACCAAAACACUAGUUACAACCAGAAAAUGAUGUCAUUAAAAUGUAAUGUGCCAAAUUGUUAUGAAUUAUUCACUGUAGUGUCAGAUACAGAUGUUGUUUUGUGUUUUAGAUUGGUGGCUACCAGAACCCUGAUGACACAAGGAGCUUCAACACCAGGAACCCCUACCAGAGCAGAGGUCAGGGCAGCAACCCCUACCAGAGCGGAGGUCAGGGCAGCAACCCCUACCAGAGCGGAGGUCAGGGCAGCAACCCCUACCAGAGCGGAGGUCAGGGCAGCAACCCCUACCAGAGCGGAGGUCAGGGCAGCAACCCCUACCAGAGGGGAGGUCAGGGCAGCAACCCCUACCAGAGCGGAAGUCAGGGCAGCAACCCCUACCAGAGCCGACCCCAAGACGACAACCCCUACCAGAGCCAAGGCCAGGACAACCCCUACUUUACACACGACAAUGGAAGAAGAAACUGA